UCUCCUGCCAAUCAACAACAUGGCCAAAGAGUAAACUUGAUCGUUCUCUUCCACUUUCAGAAGCUGCAUUUCUUCAUCAAAAAUGGGCGUUCCGUCGUUCUAUCGCUGGCUUGUCAACAAAUACCCCAAAAUUGUAUCCGCCGCCGCCGAUCCGCCGGAGUUCGAUAAUUUAUACCUCGACAUGAAUGGAUUAAUCCACCCCUGCUUCCACCCCGAUGAUGAUCCUUUUCCUCCGACCACCGUCGACGAGGUUUUUCGGCGAAUCCAUGAUUACGUGGACAAUCUCUUCGACAUCGUGAAACCUCGCAAGCUGCUGUUCAUGGCUAUUGAUGGUGUUGCUCCAAGGGCUAAGAUGAAUCAACAAAGAUCAAGAAGAUUCCGUUCUGCCAAAGAUUUCAAACAUGCUGAGGAAGUUGAAGAGCGGUUGCGGAAGCAGUUUGAGGCUGAAGGGAGAGCUGUUCUUCCCAAACAAGAUUCAGAGAUUUCAGAUUCUAAUGUGAUCACUCCCGGUACAGAAUUCAUGCACUUGCUGUCUGAGAAUCUGAGAAGCUAUGUGAAACGACGGUUGAAAGAGAAUCCAGCUUGGGGGAACAUCAAGGUUAUCUUGUCUGAUGAUAAGGCUCCGGGCGAGGGGGAGCAUAAAAUAAUGAGCUUCAUCAGAGCACAACGUGCUUCGUCUGAAUAUGAUCCGAACACGAGGCAUUGCCUCUAUGGUCUGGAUGCAGAUUUAAUCAUGCUUGCAUUAGCCACGCAUGAAGCACAUUUCUCGAUUCUGAGAGAGGAGGUUUUACCUCUAAAUGGAGAACUUAGAAAUGGGAAUUUUGACCGUGCAUCAGCUGCUUCUGUUAAGGAGCCGGAGCAACCUUUGAGUCGAGAACCGGUCUCUAGUCAGGAAUCUAGUUGGCAAGCCACUAAACGAACACCGUAUCAGUUUUUGAAUGUGUUUGUUUUGAGAGAAUACCUAUCUCUAGAUAUGGAAAUUCCCGGCUUCGACAAAUUUGAAUUUGAUCAAGAAAGAGCCAUUGAUGAUUUCAUCUUCAUUUGCUUCUUUGCCGGGAAUGAUUUUCUUCCCCAUAUUCCAAGCCUUUCAUUGCAUGAGGGCUGUAUUGAUCUGAUGAUGGAUGUCUACAAGAAAGAAUUCCAAAAUUUUGGUGGCUAUUUAGUCAAUAUUGAAAAGAUAGCUGAUAACAAUGGGGACUAUAUAAAGCUGAGUCAUGUAGAAAGAUUCAUCCUCGCUGUUGGUGCAUUCGAGGAGAAAAUCUUCAGUAAACGAGCUGAUAUCAGAGAAAAAAAACUGAGACGAAUGCUUGCUGAGCACAGAGAUGCUCAAGAAGAGGAACAGAACUGCCUUGAUGAAGGAACAUCAUCAGAAGUAUUGGGCAUGCACGACAUUUCCUGUAUUGAUAAAUUGAAGAUUUCUGCUCCGACUGAGGAUGCUGAUACGGUUAUGGAAAAUACAAAGGAGUUGAAGCAAAAGGUCAAAGACGUGAUAAAAAGAGAAUCCGAUAUGUUUAAAGAUGGCAUUUCUGCCGAUAAGCUGAAACUGGGAAACCCGGGUUGGAGGCAGCGGUACUACAACGAAAAAUUCUGCGCUGACACCCAAAUAGACAUGGAAUCAAUAAGAAAAUCUGUGGUUGCAGAGUAUGGAAUAGGUCUUUCUUGGGUGUUGUUAUACUAUUUUUCUGAAGUCCCAUCUUUUACAUGGUUCUAUCCGUAUCACUAUGGCCCGUUUGCGUCAGACUUCAGAGGGCUGUCUCGGGUGAAGGCGAAGUUUCAGAAAGGCUUUCCCUUUAAGCCAUUUGAUCAGCUCAUGGGAGUACUUCCUCCGAGCAGUUCUCAUGCACUGCCUGAGGCUUACAAGGGUCUUAUGGUUGACGGAGAAUCCAAGAUAAUCGACUUAUAUCCUAUAGAAUUCAAGAUGGAUGUCGAUGGGAAGCGAUUUUUGUGGCAGGGCAUAUGUAUUCUUCCUUUUAUAGACGAAGAGCGUCUUCUUGUGGAGACGAAGAAAGUUGAAAAUGAACUGAAGGAUCGAGAGAAGAUCAGGAAUGAAGAGACUCAUCAUCGGCUGUUUCUGAGACAUUUGAGUGAGUUGAGGCAGGAGUUGUUAUCAUGCAGAGAGAGAAUGGGGUCGGAGAAGAUCAAGGGAGCAGUUGCGAUCCGCAGCCAUAUUGAAGGAAUCGAAGGUACGUUACAUGUGACGAGUGAUCAGAUUGAAAGGGAUGAUGACGAGAAAUCUGAUAUAUGCAUUUACUAUGAGAUCCCUCGGUGUUUCAAAUUCGUUCCUCGACUUCUUGAAGGCGUCAACUCACCUGAAAAGACUGUGUGCAGAGAAGACUUGGAAGAAACUGUGCUUUGGCAUGAGCACCGCGGGCAUGGAGUGUGGCGCAAUCAAAUGCCUCACUAUCAAAAACCAGACAUGGCAUCAAAAUCCGUGGGCCGUGGCUUCUGUAUUGGUCGAGGAAGAACUUCCGUGCCUCAAGAGAAUUUGUGUCGUGACUAUGGUCGAGGAAGAACUUCGGUGCCUCAAGAGAAUUCGUGUCGUGACCAUGGUAACAUUGGCCGUCAGCAACCAGCUGGAUCUUUUAGCAGGAAUGAUCAUGAUCGUUCCAGAUCGAGCUACAGCCAAAAUGACAGCAAUUUCUGGCAGUGUCGUGGUGUUCCUGCUAAUGCUGAUUGGAGGGUGCGAAAUCCCUCUUGUAAUAGUGGGGCAGGAAACCAAGGGGGACAACGACAGUAUGCAUAUCAGCCGUUUGUGGCUAAUGCUGGCCGUGGCCAAGCCGGCCUGAGACAGUCGUCGUACAUGAGUCCUGGUAACACUGAUUGGAGGGUGCGAAAUCCCUCUGGUAAUAGCGGGGCAGGGAACCAAGGGGGACAACGACACUACGCGUAUCAGCAGUUUGUGCCUAAUGUUGGCCGUGGCCAAGGCAACCUGAGACAGUCGCACAUUAGUCGGCCUUUUGUGCCAAGUGGAGGUUUUGGCCAAGGCAGCCAAGGACCGCCUACAAAUCAGCCGUUUCUUCCUAAUGGAGGACGUGGUCAGGAACAAUGUCGAGGGUGGUGGUCUCCAACAGAUUUUUGAAGCUUACCAACAAUACAUACCAGAACAUAGAUCAGUUGGACAGCUUUUGUAUGUCUGAUCUCUGGUUUUAAAUACUCCACUACCAGAAAGUGAGGAUCCAUUUUGGUUGUGUACAAUCACAAUGUAUAUAGUUGAUUUAUGCUUUCAUUGGUAUAAAACAAUUAAUGUGAUAUAAA